AUGCUCAGAGUUCGUUUGUCGAAGUUGUUAUGGUCUUCUGGUUGUAAGUACGCAUCGACCUCGGAAACACGGAUCGAAGCAAUUCCCGAGGAAACAUAUGAUGCGUAUCGACAGGAAGCGUCAUUGAAUGUUUCUCACAUGAAGCCUCGCCAUCGAAUUAUUGCUGCCGGGGGAAUCCCUCCAGUCGAAUUUGAAUGGGAAAAAACGAGAAGUGCAGCUAGAGAAAGAUUUGGAACUUAUGGUCUCGAGAGUGGUGUUGAUGUCCGACAAUGUUGGCCGACUAUUGAGGAAAUCGAGGAAGAGAAAGCAAUAGGGUUUUACCGUCAUUAUUUGGAGGUGCUCAAAGAAGUCAAAGCGUUGGAGGCUGCUAAGAAAAAGAAGGAUAAAGAUAGAAUAGCCGAGUUGGAAGCUAAUGAGAAACGUUACCCCGGAUUACUCGCCAAGUAUCAAGCUGGUCAAGUAAAGAAGGAGAAAGAAAAAGAUGCUCAGGAGGUGGCACUGGAGAAGAAGAUCCGCGAAAUACAGGAGUACUUUGGUUAUUGGAUUGACCCGAAAGAUCCACGCUUUGAAGUAAUGUUUCAACAAAAACAAGACGAGGAAAAGAAGGCAGCCAGACAAGCGAAACGUCUUGAGAAGGAAAAGAAAACGAUAGCGGAAGUUUUG